GGAAUAAUUAUGUUUUGUGGGAAUUCUAUAAAAUGGAAUUGCAAUUAUAACCCACAUUUGAGAAAUACCAGCUCUCAUUAUUGUUUGUUUUUAAAGUUGUAUUAAAUUAAAUUAUAUUCAAUUUUGUGCUAUCAUGGGGCGAAAAAGUUCGGUUAAAAGCAAAGAAAAGCGGUUGAAGCGCAAAGAGGAACAACAAAAAAUUUUGUUAGCGAUGUCUGUUGUGGAUAAAGCAAAUAAAUUAACAGACCCUUUAGAACCGUUUCCAGUAUUUAGAAAGUUUAAUAAAAAUGGGAUUGAGGCUGAAUUAUUUAUAAAAAGAGUGACUGACUUAGAUGAAUCAACCAAGUCUUGGAUUUUUAAUUUAACAAAAAGAAAUAUGCAAUUAAAGUAUGAGCAGUGUUCCUGGGGUUGGAAUGAUAAUAAAAAAAUGGAGGAAUUGAUGGAUGAAGCUGCUUGGUAUCUGAUAGCAAAGGGUGUAGAUGGUACUUUUCUCGGUUUUUCCCAUUUUAGGUUUGAUAUGGAUGAAGGAAUUGAAGUUCUCUAUUGUUACGAAUUACAAUUAGAACCAGCAAUUCAAAGAAAAGGUCUAGGAAAAUUUAUGAUGCAAAUUUUAGAGCUUGUAGCUUUCAAAAAUAAUAUGAGGAAAGUGAUUUUAACCAUUCUUAAAAAUAAUCACUAUUCAAAAUUCUUCAAGGCUUUGAAUUACGAGAUAGAUGAGACUUCCCCGAUUGAUUAUCAAGAUGAAACUUUUCCUUAUGAAAUUCUGAGUAAAUUUAAUAAGCGAUUAGCAAGUUCAACAACCCCAAAUGUGAAUAAUAAAAAACCUGGUCAGUCUAAUGGACAUCCACAUUGCUGCUCUGGCCAUCAUCACCACCCACUGAUGUCGUAAUUUGUAUUUUCUUUGUAAAAUGAAUUUCUGUGUAACAAUUUUUACAUUUUUUAUUAACUGAAAGUAUUUUGUGAGAUCUGAACAUUUAGAUUUCCACGACGAACUUAGAUUGUAUUUCAUUAAAAGUACUUUAAUUUUUUAUAAUAAAACAUUUUUUCGA